GUGUGUGGAACGAAAAAAGCGCAACAUAAUUAGAGCUAAUUAGCACCGCAAGAGGAAACCUUGGAACGUCUUGAGAUCUUCACGCCGGGGUAGAACCCACACCGUUUCGGAGCUGAUCGCGCGCGCGAAUCACGCGGAGUUCUCCCGGGGUGGGGGGUGGGAAAGAUCGUUUGCCCAGAACGAUCACCCAAUCGGAAUCGGCUUUUACCAGGUACCGCACGAAAGGUUGAAGAACCUCUCAAUAUCCCCGGAACUACGCCACGCCGGUAGGGUGGAAUACGUCUGUGUGGGAGAAAAGUGUCCAAGUGGUCCAAGUGGUGCCGCUGGAAGAAAAUAGUUUGGUGCGAUUUUACGUCGGUGUGUGGGUGUGUGGUAGUGUUACUGUGUUGUGCGUGUGUGUGUGUGUGAGUGGCUCAAGGAAAGGCUUUUCCCCUGGUGCUGGAAUGUGUACCGAGGUACGCGAACCGGUCAGUGACAGUGUGUUGUUGAUGAAUUGGUGCCGCUGCUGAUCGCAGUAUCACAGGUUGUUCUAGUGCGUCGUGAGUUACCCCAUCCUAGUUGGGAGGUGCAUCAAGAGAGAGAGAGAGAGAGAGAGAGAGAGAGAGAGAGAGAGAGAAAGAGAAAGAGAGAAAAAACAAGGAAUUCCACAACUCCCUACGACAAACAAGCAGGGUUUGCGUUCAGGGUGUGAGACGAGGAAGAAGAGUCCGGCCGUCCGUCGGAACAACACGGUAUAGUAGGUUAGCGGCAGGAGACCCCCACACGCGCGUGGCCGGUGGGUAGUUGUAUCGAAACACCGGAACCGAGUCACCAAUAACGGCCGUCAAGCUGGAUUACUUAAACGCGAUGGAUUUCGACGACGGGGACCUGAAGGACAUUUGGGACACCGAUCUCGAUGCGAACCUGCAAGACACACUGAAGAUGUCCAACUAUCCGGACAUCCAGGACUGGAUGGAUCCACACUCGAAGCUACCGCCGGUCAUCCUGAACGACAAGCUGAUGACGGACGCAAUCAUCGGGACGGUGAUGCCGAUCAAAACCGAACACUCGUACAGCCUCAACUCGGACGGUGAUUCGCUGCCGGACACGAUCCCAGAUUCACCGCACAGCCUGCAGAACAAGAUGGAUGCGGAUAUGGAUGAAGAAUGCUACCCCGCUAUCAGCAUGAAUGGCAACAGCAAACAUCAGCACAUCAUCCACAGGCAGAAUCACACAAACUCGCUGCUAGCCAACGGGCAAACGCGGGACAUUAAGCCCACCUUUGCCGGCAUGUCCCUGCUGGCCAACGGUGCUACCGGUGGACUUCUGUCCAACGGUACAGCCCCAGCUCUACAGCAGAACGCACAAACGGGCGCAAACGGAGGAUACGCCACCGGUCUCAUCAGUAACAACAACAACAAUCACCUAGCGGUGAACCAUAACCUCAACCUCAAGGAUAGCAUUGUCGGGCUGAAGGGGCUGGCCGGGUUCGGUUCGUCAUCUUCCUGUCACGAUUCAUCCUCCUCCACAUCCGCCAGCGACAUUGACAUCGACGAGACGACGGUCAAGGAGGAACCACUGUCACCGAGCUCGAGCUGCCCCCCUUCCCCAAUCGGGUCCGGCUGCGGUGGAGGCGGUGGUAGUGGUGAAGGUGGUGGAGGUAACCUGCUUAACAACUAUGGCGUCUCGUCCGUCAACCUUGGAGGUAACCUGGCCGGCUAUACCCAUUCGGAUCUCGUCCUCGAGCAUAAGAACGGUUCCCUCCAGCUGUCAUCCGCAACGCAGAGUCUGCUCAAGAAUCAGCAGAUCAUGAUUGCUACCAGCAUGCCACAGCAAAGCUCAACCUCCCAGCAGCAGAAACUGGUAAUGUCCAAGCUAAACAUCAAGAUGGAACCACAGUCGUCCGGAUUCGGGCUGCCACCGACCCCGCCGUCCUCGUUACCGAGCGACGAAUCGGAGGGUAACCAGAGCCCCGAACAUCACGUCUCUCCCAUGUCUCCGCCCACCGAUAUCGGUAGCAGCACAUCGAGCGGUGCCAACUCGACGACCUCCAGCCGCCGGACGUCGCUGCAUGCGAGCACCGGUGGGGCCGGUUCCGUGAUCGGCAGCACCGCUGGUGGGCAAUCGGCAUCCACUACCUCCCGCCAAGCGUCCACGGCUAGUCACCACAGCUCAGCUGGUUCAUCACCGUCCGCCUCACAGUCGACAACCAGCUCGACGAGGCAGCCGAUCCACACCCCGCUCAUCAGUAGUCAACCGAAGGGUUCCACGGGAACGCUCAUCUUGACGGAAGAGGAAAAGCGAACGCUGCUGGCAGAGGGUUACCCAAUCCCAACCCGGCUCCCGCUGACCAAAGCCGAAGAGAAAUCUCUCAAAAAGAUUCGGCGAAAGAUCAAAAACAAGAUCUCCGCACAGGAAAGCCGGCGAAAGAAGAAGGAGUACAUGGAUCAGCUGGAGCGCCGGGUGGAGAUACUGAUGUCGGAGAAUCUCGACUACCGCAAGCGGGUCGAGACGCUCGAGGAUUGCAAUCAGAAUCUGCAGACGGAGCUGUCCAAGCUGCGACAGCUCAUCACACGCCAGGGUGGCCGGAAGGCGUAAGCCCUCUACACACUACCAGAACCCGGCGCGGCGUAACACACAAAUGUACAAACUAAUGCUAAUGUCCCCCCUGCGUAGGCGCGAGUCAAAGGAGGCGGAAGGCGAACGGAAGGCGAAUGCUGAGCUGUUAUACUACUAUAGAUAGACCCAGAUCGAUUCGAUCGAACCGGCGGCUCCUGGGGAGGAGUUUCGUGCAAUAAGGAGCGAUUUGCGAUCGAUAGAAAAUGGCGGCGAGUGGCGCCAGAACACACACACUGGAUCAGUGGUGAAAGUCUUCCGCACACAUACAGCGAACCGAUUCUAGCGAGGAGGUUCCGGUAGCACGGUGGCAGAGGAUGGCAAGUUGUUAUUUCGUUUGCGCGUAAGUAGAUUACGCGUGAGGCUGGAAACAAGCAAGUUAACAUUCCGAAGCAGAGCUAGUGUAGAGUGGAGUGGUAGAGCAUUUGUUUUUAAAAUAAUUGUAUCGGAGGGCAGGCUAG